UUUUGCAUUGCAAUUUUCUCCUAUCUUCCUAACAUUCUUUUUUCUUUUUCAUAUGGAGUCAAACCGUCUCUUUUUCCAUUGUUUUGAUGAUGUAGGACAUGAGGAACUCCUCAAACUUUCUCUUGCUACUCCAUCUUCAUCUCCCCUACCUUCCAUUAAUCACCGCAACCAUGAUUCUUCUAAAAGCAACCCUAACUCUAGAAAACGUUUGUUUUCCCAUUUCUUUGGUGGAGAAGAAGAUCAUCAACAAAUGCUUGAUCUUUCUCUUUCAAUAGGGCCGCCAGGGCAGUCCUCAUCACAUUUACCUUCUACUGAUGACAAACGUUCUUUUUCACACAGCCCUAACCCUAACCCUAACCCAGUCCGUCAAGUGAUGAGUACUGCCUCUGCAGUUUACCAUCCCCGUGUUAGAAAAAACCCUUUCCAGACACCCAAACGAGGGAAAAGUGAAACCAUAGCUGCACCAUAUCCAUGGGCUACAACUCAACGAGCCACGGUGUAUGAUCUUGAUCAUCUCCUAUCUCAUGGAAUUCGCAUGAUCAGUGGUGAUGUUGAAUGCAAAGGGUGCCAAGAAACGUACAAGAUUGAAUACAACUUGGAAGAAAAGUUUAGGGAGAUUAAAGAUUUUGUAUCAGCCAACAAGUUGACAAUGCAUGAUCGAGCACCCCCUUCUUGGAUGAAUCCGAGGCUUAAUAGUUGCGAGACUUGUGGGAACAGUUUGAAACCAAUAAUUUCCAAGAAAAGGGAUAUCAACUGGCUGUUUUUGCUGCUGGGACAGAUGCUGGGAUGCUGCAAACUUUCGGAGCUGAAAUACUUUUGCAAGCAUACAAAGAAUCAUAGGACGGGAGCUAAGGAUCGAGUUCUUUAUCUUACUUAUCUUGGAUUAUGCAAACAACUAGAUCCUGAUGGACCCUUUGAUGUUUGA